UUUAUUGACUCUCGAUCUCAUGCAUACAAGAUGAGGAUUUAUAUUUACAGCUUUGUGUUGGCAGCCCUCGUCCUUCCAGUGGUCUACUCUAUAGACGGGACACCCUCCAGUACCUCCAGUACAUAUUGUAUCGAGGGUAAAGUUACUACAAGUCUACGAAAGGAGGGAGGGUUGGCAGAAACUCUCAUUUCUGUGGAUGGUGGUAAAUUUCAUGGUUUUCUGAACUCUAAUGGCAAAUUCUCGGUAUGUGAUGUUCCCCCUGGAUCGUAUCUAGUCGAGGUGGUGUCUCCCAACAAUGUAUUUGAACCAGCCAGAGUUGAUAUCAGUGGAAAAUCUGGCAAAAUUCGAGCCAGAAAAGUGAAUGUUCUGAGGACUAAGAGUGUAUCUCAUCUUCCCUACCCCCUCGUGUUUAAGACAGAGAUGAAAACACAGUUCUUUAAGAAGCGGGAGCCUUGGAGUGUCCUUAGUGCCCUCAAGAAUCCCAUGGUGCUAUUGAUGGUGGCUCCUGUACUGUUGAUGUUGGUACUGCCUCGACUCAUGAAGUCCAUGGGCCCUGAGCAACAGAAGGAGAUGCAAGAGAUGCAAUCCUCGCUGCAACCAGGAUCAAGCAUGCCCAGUAUUGAAGACAUGUUUACGAAUUUCUUCGGAGGUGGUCAAAGUCCUCAAGCGGCCAAGAAGAAAGUAGUAGCUAAAAAGACCAAACAACACUAGUUUUGUUGAGCAAAUAAUAAUUAUUCAUUUAUGUUUAAUUGCUACUGGAGCCAUUGUAUACAGAUAUCUUGACAAACAAAA